AUGAAGUUGUCUCUGCUGAGUUAUUCAUUCUGUGCGUCUGUCGCAGCGCUCCUGAUUAUACGGGAUGAGGGUGACACCUCGGGUAGCUUCUUUGCUUCGUGCGCUGCUUGGCCGAUGGGUGAAAGGGCACCCCGGACUGACGGUACCAACUACACACAUCAUAACAGGGGGGAGUUAACAACAGAGAUUGGACUGGAGGAGGAGCAUCUUUACAACGAUACAGAAACGCAGGGAGGAGAUGACUCUGAACUUGUAUUCAAUAAAAGGACACCAAGUGUUCGGAGUAAAAGUAGCACAGUAGAUCCUCCCUUCGUUAAAUACGUUCCCGCGUAUGUUAAUCUGCCCGUGAAUUACAAACCAGUGGCUAAAAUGAAUGCAGCUGGUGGAGAAGAAGAGAGCGGACUCCCCCUUAGCGAUAUAUACAAGGAGGGCGAUCAUCACCCGAGUGAACGCACAAAGGAUGGACAGUACGAUCCUUCAAUACAACAGUAUGAAGUCUCAUUUAAAAAUAAUACCGUAGAAGGUGAAUACCCUAGUGAAAGCAACUACCAAGUUCAGGAGGAACCUCUCUCUGGUGCACCUAACACAUGGAGGCGAAAAAAAAAAAAAAAAACCUUAGACCACAGAAUGAAUUUAAUAGAACACAAUCUGAAGGACUACUCACCAAUGAAGGAUCAGCUCAUUCACAGAAAACCGUUAAACUCAUAUAUAAGUAACUUCUAUGAUGGUACCUCAGACAAGUCUGUACAACAUCGAAUAGGAAAAAUCAAACUCAGUACCCACAGGAACGAUAGAAGAAUGAUAAAAGAUAUUCUCACCCCACAGACGGUUAAAGUUAUGAAAGAGUACCUACUGAAGAGGAGAAAAAAAUAUGGAAAUGAAAAAAUCCAGCAUUUAGUGGAUUCGUCCUCAGAUCAGAUGUACAGGGAAGAUAGUGCCUCCUUGGGAAAUAGCUGGAAGGGUAGCAUAAAAGUGAGUCAUCCGUUGAGAUUCUUUCCAGCGAGCUUUCCUCUCCACACUCCGAUGACAGCAAACCAGGGAGAAGCCAAGAGGUGA